AUGCCCGCCCUCAGAACCGAUGCCUGCUCCCCCAAACUGCACGAAACACAAAGUUACACACUCUCACCCGAAGCAGCCAACCCUCCACCCACAACUCGCCCCGCGCCCCUCGAUAUCCCUCCGCCACCACACCCCAAACCCGAUCCGUUUACCAUCGAGAACCUGAGAUACCGCUUCGCCAUUGGCCGCGCAUACCUCCAAUUUUACAAAGCUGGCCUUAAGAACAUCUGGCUCAACACCCGCCUCCUCUACUCUUCUUCAGCAACCUCUGACCCAGAGCUCUCCAAGCUCCGUCCCUACCCCUCAACAAGGGCAGACUUGCUCCUCCGCCAGAGAUGGCGCCACGAUGUCCGGCGCCUGCCUCUUUUCGCCCUCCUACUCCUCAUCUUCGAAGAAUUUACCCCCCUCAUCGUGCUCCUUCUUCCCAAGUCAGUUCCCCUGACCUGCCGCAUCCCAAAACAAGUCCAAUCCCUCCUGCGCAAGGCCGAAUCCUCCCGUCGCGAAGCGCGCGCCUUGCCCUCUGUGCAGAGUUAUCUCUCCUCACAUAAUUCGACUUCUAAAUCCUUGCCCGUGGACGCCCUCGCUACUAUUCUCUCCGUCCGCUCAUCCUGGACCCUUCCCCUCCGUUUCCUGCUCGCCUCCAAGGUCCAGCGCAGACUAAAGUUCCUCUCCCUCGACGAUGCGCUGCUGAUUCAAGCCGGCGGGCAGGGAGCGCUGGUGGGUGAGGAGGUCGUGCUGGCGUGCGUGGAUCGGGGGAUUGAGGUUGUCGGGAGAGACGUGGACUCCGAAUUGAGGGUUGCGUUGGGGCGGUGGUUGGCACGAGUUGCCGAGGCGGAGAGGAAAGGAGGGCAGGAAAGCGGGGAGAGGGAGCGGGUAAGGAUGUUGCUUGAAGGGGUUGGGGGGUUGUAG